AAUUGUUUACAUCGAAACACUUUUCAAAGGACAAUGGUUAGAAAGUUGAAUAUAAGGUCCCAAUCCUGACAGUCUUGCCUAUCCUUGCCCAUCCCAUCAACUCUUAGUAUAUUCGAUUGAACAUUGCAUGCACCAUGGCAUCUCACCCUGCAGUCAUUGCAACUAAUGUUAAACAACCCCUCACUAUUCAGCAAGUCCCGACGCCCGAGCUUGAACACUAUGAGCUUCGUGUCCGCAUUGAAUGGGUCGUAUCUGCCCCCUUGGAUGUCUACCAAGUCGACUCAGGCUUGAUGGCCCAGUUCCCUCAAAGUCUGGGCGACAGUGGUGCCGGCACUGUAGUGGCAGCUGGACCUGGGGUCAGACGCCUACAGGCUGGAGAUCAGGUCUUCGGCUUCUUUUUCCACAACGAAAAGGAGAAGGGGCAACAGGUGUAUGUUACGGCACCAGAGCAUCUGUUCGGAAAGGUUCCCUCUGGCAUAUCGAUGCCCGCGGCCGCUACUGUGCCAACCAAUGUUUCCACCGCCUAUUUGGCCUUGACGGAAAAGCUGGACCUCGAGCUCCCCUGGCCGCGCCCGUCGGGAUUCUCACCAAAAAGUCCAGAGUGUCCUAUUGUCAUCUGGGGAGGAGGCAGCUCGGUCGGUCAGUACGCCAUUCAGCUCCUCCACCACUGGGGUUAUACGAAUGUCAUCGCUACCGCAUCGCCACAGCACCACGAAAAGCUCAAGGUUUAUGGUGCCCAACACGUCGUCGACUACCGCGAGUCUAAUGUCGUCGACUCUAUUCUGGAGAUCGUGAACAAGAGCAAGCUCUCAGCACCCAUUCGCGCUUUCGAUUGCGUGAGCUCCAAGUCUGGGUCACUGCAGCAUCUUGCCAAGAUCGCCUCCCUUUCUGGCUCCAUUGUCGCAGCUGUUCUUCCUGUUGUGCUUCGGUCGCCUUCAAACCCAGCCGGUGUGCAGCUUUCUGCUGAUGUCGAAGGAGAAGUAUCCUGGGCGCCUGGCGUAGAGGUCCAUAGUAUUGUCAGCUAUAAAUUCGAGACGAAUCCAUUCCUGAAGGACCAUCUCCUGCCCGAUAUUAUACCCUCUCUUCUCGCGUCGGGUAGCCUCGAGCCCAACAGGUAUCGAGAGAUCGAGGGCGCUUCACUUCUGCAAAGGGCUAGCACCGCGUUGGAUAUGAUGAGAAAUGGCGCCGUCAGCGGGGAAAGACUUGUGUGGAAGGUGUGGACAGCCGAGGAAUAUCCGGAGUUCUCGUGAGGCCGACGUACGUUGUCGAGGAUUCUUGCCCGCAGCUCGAGUGUGCAGGUGAACCGAGAUUAUGUGUGAUAGACAAUUGCGACACAUUUCUGGUACCGAGCUUGGUGCUGUUGCAAACAGUACCUGUAGGCGAGGUGCGUCCCAAUGCAUCACGUGCCGGGUAUACUUGAUAACUUCGCUGUUUUCGAUCGGCUUAAUGAGAUGACCGGUUCUGAAUUGGCGAAAACUACCCAAGAGCAAUGGAAUGAAUGAGAGAUGGGUCUAUGAUUAUAGGGACUUCCUUGAACUGGCUGCUAAGGAGCAUCAUUUAAUUCAGCAGAGCGAUGAUGGACGACGAUGUCGGCAC